AUGGGUGCUCCUGCCUGUUUGCAGGUCAUUUCUCAAGAAUCUGGAACCAAACCAUUGACCUUCACAUUUGUACCAUCUAUUGGGCGACUUCCAACUCAUUUUGAGGUUGUGGAUGUUUCUCAGUUCCUAGUAACAAUUCCAGAGGAACCAAAGGAUCUGACCAAUCAAGAAAUUAUAAAUAAGUCUAACACCGCCUGUGAUGAGCUAUCCUUAAAGAGAGAAGCCAGGCAAGACUGUGUGUCCACUGUCUAUACAGACAGCACACAAAAGGCUUUCCAGUCCCUGAGGUGUAACUCAAGCAAAGGAGAAAUGCAGGAGAAUGACCUUUUUAAGGCUGAGUUUAUCCUGAUUACGGACUCGGGUGAUGAAGAUGAAGUGGCCACUGCUUCUAACAACGUUCAUCGGCCUUCCAAUGGCUAUGGUCCCAUCAGUGCUCAGCUGCUGGCUAUGCCCCAUGUUUCCCCUGGCACUGGGGCAGGGAAAGCUCCUGGUGAUGGGCAUGGUACAGGUGCUGUGCUUUCCCACAGCACUGCUGAUCUGCAAAAACAUCAGUUAUUUUCUACUCUUUCCAUCUCUGAUCAUCUUUCCUCUAAACCACGUGCUGACCACUUAAUUUCUCCAACUAAUCAGAAAGUAGUCUGUGAUGCCACGGUUAACCUGAACCAAGCCUCUUCGCUGGAAGACUCCCGUAACAACUGGCAGUCAGCAACUGGGUUUUCUAAGCAAGAUUCAUCUCUCUGCUUUCAGUCUGCUCCCCCUACUUCACCUCACCUUAUGUCUAAAAUAUCCUGUUCUGCAUCAGACAGUUGUUACUCCACUCCUCGGUUGCAUGAUAAUUUGCAAACACUGAGUCCCUAUACCCCUAGCUGUGUUUGCAAAACAGGAGACUUCACCAAAACUUCUGUUCCAGCAAAGAGCUCAAGUCCUUCACCCAAUCCUUCAUGUUCAGCUGAAAUUCAAGGAUCUUCAGAGCAGUCUUUAUCCUCCAGUACUUCCAAAAAAUUGAAUGCAUUAUCUCCUGUCCCUGUAUAUAUAAUAGCACAUUCACUAUCACCUAGCCCUAAACCUUUGUCUCCACCCUCUCAUUAUGGCUCCUCUUCAACCAUAUGUAGUAUGAAUGAGCCUUGCACACAAAUGUCAUCUCGAGGAAAUUUAGCAAAGUCAGGAGACAAAUCCCCUUUGCCAACCAGACUGACCUUCUUAACUGCUAUUUUGAGAUCAGGCUCUUCUCAGAGAAGACCACUUUCUCCUUCUUCUUGUCCCACAUUUUCUCCUAGUUCCCUUGGUUCCUCAACACUUGCAAUAGAUCAAAAGUCCCAAACAACUCCCUCAACCCCCAAGAAAUCCAUUUCAAGCACUCCUAUAAGGCCAGAUUCUCUCAGCAGAGAGGAAUUUUGGUUUUCAGGAUCUUCUCGGCAUCUGCCUUUACACUCCAAACCUCACCUCACUCCUCGGGCGAGAUCCCUUUCUCCGAAAAAACACCUUCCAGACAGAAUGCUUUCUCCAGACUCCCAAAGUCCUCUAUCACCCCCUGUCUCCUCCCAUAGAAAAUCAGUUGCCUCUUCAGGUUUUCAGUCUACACUGCCUCCUCUGUCUGCCCCAGCACCCUCUUCCCUUGCACAUCCUAUGUCUCCUUCUCCAGAAAUGCUUUUGUGUGGUGCCUCCAGGUCCCAGCCACCUCAGAAGUCUCAGAGAGUACACACUUACUCACCUAUCUUUACCUGCCAAUCCUAUCCUCUGCUUUCUUCCACUAAUCUUAGUGACAUACCCCCCCUCACCCGAGAAAAGCACUCAUCUCCUUCCCCAAGUAUUUUGCAUUCAGCUUAUAGAUCUAAAUCAGAUUCAUCUCAAAUAUCUGUUCAAGAGAUGAAUGUGUCCUCUCCUACCUCUCCAGAUGUCUCAAAGCAAUGGUCUCUCUCAUGGCCUCAUUCUAUCCCACCAGUUCCACAAACUGGUAGUAUUAAUUCCCAUCCACUGCAGCUUUAUUCUUCAUUGCGGCACAGAAAUUAUAGGUCUAAUUCCUCCUCUCCAAGACCUGAGCAAUCUGACACCUCACCGGUGUUAAAGUGCAGAUCUCCAGUCUCAGACAAGUUACCAGGCACAGUCCCAUCAAGACCCAGAGAGCUGACCUCACCACAGUCCUUUUCCCUGCCUCCUGAACGUGAAAACAUCAAAUCCAAGCAAUACAAGAUCAAGACAAGCUACAAGGCAUUUGCAGCAAUCCCUACAAACACAUUACUUAUGGAACAGAAGGCAUUAGAAGAGCCAACCAGGACUGUUAGUGUGACUGAAGGGACUGCUUUGGACACUCAUUCAGAGAUGUGCUCUCCUGCCCAGCUCAGGCAACAAACCGAAGAGCUGUGUGCUGUCAUUGAUCAAGUGCUUCAGGACCCGUUGACUAUGCGCCGAUGUGAAUCUUCUCCAAGUUUCCUGCAGAUGAGUACAGAGUCAGAUGUUGGCAAGGUGUCAACAACACUGCAGAGAGCAGCUGGUCGAGAAACGAGAUAUGCCAACCUUUACAAAUCUGUACCUAUGGUAACAGAGAGUCAGCUGACAAAACCUGGUGUCAUUCGUCCUGUGCUGGUGAAAGGAAAGAGUGCACAGCAAAAAGAGGAGCCAUAUCAACCCAAUCCUUUUAAAAAAUACCUUGAAGAAGUCAGUGAUCAAGAUAUUGAGCAGCCCAGUCAUCCCAUAGUGCCUAUUCCAGAAAAUGAAACACUCGGCUCUAAGGAGGUUGCCAAUGAAAAGGGUUCUGUUUAGCUAUGAUACCCCGCACUAGAAUCAAGAGCUAAAACCAUAGACUGUUUUGAGGCCUGUUUCUAUACUGAGAAGGAAUCCACAGCAAAAAUGGUAUUUAAAACACCAUUUAAAAAAAAAUUCUUCCAGUAUGCUAAUUGCAAAGCAGUAAUAACAAAUAAUCUUUCAAAAAAUAAUCUUAUGGGCUAGCAUAAUUAACUCCAGAGAUGCACAAGAGUGUUCUCUUUUGAAAUAUUGUUUCUUGAAGUGCUUGCUGGUUUAAGAG